AUGGGGCUUCCUAAAGCCCGUGUCUCUGCUGUGCUUUUGGUGCUGUUUGCUCUGGAGGCCUGUGCCCCGGACGGCUACGUCGCAGCCGUCUAUGAGCACAGCGUGGUCUUGUCAAAGGAUGCUGAAGUGCCGGUUUCUCCUGAGGAGGCCUUGAUGCUGAGGGACAAAAAUAUGGCAAUUUUGGAAGCGGCCAUCAAAGAAGCAGCCAGACAGGGUGCCCAUAUCAUUGUGAUUCCUGAAGACGGCAUUUAUGGCUGGGUCUUCACAAGGGAAACAAUAUACCCUUAUCUUGAGGAUAUCCCAGACCCACAGGUGGACUGGAUUCCAUGUGCUGAUCCUGGAAGGUUUGCUCCCUCACCCGUGCUGGAAAGACUGAGCUGUCUGGCGAGAAAUAACUCCAUCUAUGUGGUUGCGAAUACGGGAGACAAGAAGCCGUGUAAUUCCAGUGAUUCAAGGUGCCCAAGUGAUGGUCGCUAUCAGUAUAAUACCAACGUUGUCUUUGACUCAGAAGGGAAAUUGGUGGCUCGUUAUCACAAGUACAACCUUUUUGUGACAGAGAAACAGUUUAAUUACCCCAAGGAUCCAGAAUUUGUGACUUUCAACACAUCCUUUGGCUACUUUGGCAUUUUCACCUACCAUGACCCAGCUGUGGUCUUGGCAAGCAGAUUUCAGGUUGACACCAUUCUGUUCCCAACUGCUUGGGGUAACACUCUCCCACUGUUGUCAGCGGUCCAGUUUUACUCAGCAUGGGCGAUGGGAAUGGGCGUCAAUUUUCUUUCAGCAAAUACACGCAACUCCACUUUAGAUAUGACAGGGAGUGGUAUUUAUGCCCCAGACGGUCCAAGAGCAUAUUAUUACAAUACAGAAACGGAAAAUGGUCACCUUUUGGUGACAGAACUGAGUUCAUGCCCACGUCUCUCUCCUGACUACCCUGCUGCUGUUAACUGGAAGUUGUAUGCCAGCAGGAUCAAACACCUUCCGUCAAACAACUGCUAUUUCAGUGGGGUCAUUUACCAUGAUCUCUUCUUCACGGAGCUCACUGAACCCGAGGGAAAUCAUGCCAUUUGCCAGCAGGACCUCUGUUGCCAUCUGAGUUACAAGAUGGCAGAGAAGCAGUAAGAUGACAUUUAUGUUCUGGGUGCCUUUGAUGCACACAUUGUUGAAGGAGAGUAUUAUUUGCAGAUAUGCACGCUGCUCAAGAGCAAGAGCACAGACCUGAACACAUGCGGGCAGCUGGUGGAGGCGGCUCAGACCAAGUUUGAGAUGCUCUCCCUCAGUGGCACCUUUGGCACCAACUACGUCUUUCCAGAAGUCUUGUACAGCGGGGUGCAGCUGGCUCCUGGGGAGUUUGAGGUGCUAACUGAGGGACGUCUGAUAAGUCGGACUAGUACAUCAAAGCUAGUUUUGAGUGUAACACUCUUUGGGAGGUGGUAUGAAAAGGACCCUCCACACACACAGCAAGCUUCACCAUGA